GCUGGAUGAUGAGUUUGAAGUCCAGCAACAGGGAGAUGGAAGCAACUGCAGAUGCCGGUUGAUUUAAAAAAAAAGACACAAAACGCUGGAGUAACUAAGCGGGUCAGGCAGCAUGGAGAGGUUAGGAUGGCUUGUUAGUUGGCUGCCAACUUGGUGUCCCACAUCGUUAUCCCUUCUCAAGGAUGCAGAGAAUAAAAUGUUGCAGGGUGUCCAAAGUAAUUUUACGAAAGCGUAUGUUUUGGUACCAAGUGGCAACAAGAUAUGGACAUUAAUAUUUAGUCAGGAUACUCCAAACAAAACUCCACUUGUUCUGAUACAUGGAUUUGGAGGAGGUGUUGGACUAUGGUCUUUGAAUUUUGAUGCUCUCAGUCUACAACGCACUGUUUGUGCUUUUGACCUUGUGGGAUUUGGUCAAAGUAGCAGGCCACAUUUCAGCAGUGACUCUGCACUGGCAGAAACUCAGUUUGUGGAAUCUAUAGAGGAAUGGAGGGAAAAGAUGGAAAUGGAGAAUAUGAUUUUAUUGGGUCACAACUUUGGAGGGUAUUUGGCAGCAGCGUACACAAUUAAAUACCCGCAAAGGGUGAAGCACCUCAUUCUAGUUGAGCCAUGGGGAUUUCCAGAGCGACUUAACCACGGUCAGCAGGAAAGACCAAUGCCAAUGUGGAUAAAAGCCCUGGGUGCAAUCCUGAGUCCUUUUAACCCAUUGGCAGGUCUGAGAUUUGCUGGGCCCUUGGGUCCAUUUCUAGUUCAGCGAUUAAGGCCUGACUUCAAACAGAAAUUCUCUUCUGUAUGUGAAGAUGAAAAUACUGUCACAGAAUACAUUUAUCACUGCAAUGCACAGACUCCAAGUGGUGAAACGGCUUUCAAGAAUAUGACCAUUCCUUUCGGUUGGGCUAAGCAGCCAAUGCUUUUGAGGAUGAAUCAGAUUCAAGAGGACAUCUCCAUCACAGUGAUUUAUGGAGCACGCUCUUGCAUAGAUAGCAUCUCCAGUAAACAGAUAAAGGCAUUGCGACCAAAAUCCUCCGUUGAUGUAGUAGCAAUUCGAGGUGCUGGGCACUACGUUUAUGCUGAUCAACCAGAAGACUUCAAUCAAACAGUAAUGAGAAUCUGCAGUACUGUAGAUUAGUGAUCAGUCAGGAUUAUGAAUGUGCAGUACUGUAGUAAUGUGCAGCAUAGGCAACACCAGAUGCCUAAUGGACUAAUAGUUAUGGAGUACCAGAAAUCUACAGUACUGUACAUUAACAGAUUCUACUGGGAAUUUCACAGUUCUGUGGAUCAUUAAGCAGGCAGAAAUGGAUAUUUACUGUAUUGCGUACUAAUAGUCGUGUAGUACAGGGAAAACUGCUGUACUGCUUAUUAACAAAUCAACAGCACAAAACAUUUACUGCUUUGCACAAUAACUACACUGAAUUGUUUCAGUGCUGUUGACUAAUUUAUAAUUUUUUAAUUCAAAUGCAAUAAAUUCAAAUAAAAAAUUAAUAUAAACUAUUUUAGUUCAGAAAAAAAGUAAAAUAUAAGGAAUCUUUGCUGAAAAUUUGCAAUUUAACUUGAUGUCAGUACCUU